UAUGAAGUUCUGAACUUUAGUGCCCACAGGCCUAGUUUGUGACGAGUUUUCAUGAUUAUUCGCAGGUUUUGAGGAAAAGUUUACUUCAAAUAAAAAAAUGGACAAUUUAUCAAAUACUGAUGAAAGUUAUGAUCUGGGUUAUCAACCUUCUCCUUCAUCUCUAGAUCAGAAUGAUCGGACUCCGGGGUAUUCGACAUUCAGCGGUGAUUCUUUUGCCUAUUGCCGGACUAAUUCCGAGACAUCAGCCUUUUCUGAGACUAUAGAUGAUCAAAGCUAUUCUAGUGAGCCUUCUCCUUCAUUCUGGCCGGGCUUGAAAUCCGGCGGAGUUCAUAGUAGUAACCAAGCUGUUCUUACCAGACUAGGAAUGAAGCAGCACAAGAAUGUGGCUGACCAUGAUAAACUCGAUGAUCAGGAAGCCUUAGAUUCAGAGCUUGAGCUGAUGAAGGAAAGAUUUGCAAAACUUCUGCUUGGAGAAGACAUGUCUGGAAGUGGAAAAGGAGUCUGUGCGGCUGUUACAAUCUCCAAUUCUAUAACCAACCUCUAUGCUACUGUGUUUGGACAAAAUUUGAGGCUUGAGCCAUUGAAGCUUGAGAAGAGAGCUAUGUGGAAGAGAGAAAUGGAUUGUCUCUUAUCUGUGUGCGAUUACAUUGUAGAAUUCAUCCCAACAUCGCAGAAUUUACAGGACGGAACAUCGUUGGAGAUUAUGUCAAGCAGACCAAGAGCUGACAUUUAUAUAAACCUUCCUGCCUUGAAAAAGCUGGACAUGAUGCUUAUUGAAAUAUUGGACAGUUUCCAAGACACAGAGUUCUGGUAUGCAGAACAAGGAAGCAUGUCGUCAAACUCUACUCGUUCGGGGCCUUCAGGAUCAUUCCGGAGAAUUAUUCAGCGGAAAGAUGAGAAAUGGUGGUUACCAAUUCCUUGUGUCCCUCCAGAGGGCCUCUCUGAGAAGUCGAGGAAGCAUUUGAGACACAAACGUGACUGUGCCAACCAAAUCCACAAGGCAGCCAUGGCCAUCAAUAGUAGUAUUCUAGCUGAGAUGGAAAUCCCGGACUCAUAUAUGGCAACUCUUCCAAAGAGUGGAAAAGCGUGUCUAGGAGAUUCGAUCUAUCGCUACAUGUGUUCGGCUGAGAAGUUCUCCCCCGACCAUCUGCUUGACUCUCUCAGCAUUGCUUCUGAACAUGAAGCGCUUGAGCUAGCAGACAGGGUUGAAGCUUCAAUGUACACAUGGAGACGUAAAGCGUGUAUGAGUCAUUCAAAAUCAUCAUGGGACAUGGUUAAGGAUCUCAUGUCCGACACCGACAGGAGCGAUAAAAAUCAUGUUUUGGCAGAGAGAGCUGAGAGUUUGUUGUUCUCUUUGAAGCAGAAAUACCCUGAGCUUUCUCAGACAUCCUUGGACACAUGCAAGAUUCAAUACAAUAGGGAUGUGGGACAAUCGGUGUUGGAGAGCUACUCAAGAGUGUUGGAAGGUUUAGCAUUCAACAUAGUUGCAUGGAUUGAAGAUGUUCUUUUUGUAGAUAGAUCUGUUAGAAACCGAGAUCGUUAGAGAUUGCGAAUGGGUUUAAUUUCGAACGAGGAUUAUCUUAAUCCCACAACCCUUCUCUAACUAUCCAUUAGACAAAAAGAUGCAGAUGUUAUAUAGCUAAUUGUCUACUUACCAUCAUGUGCUUUUUGAAGCUUAAUUGUUAAUUUCUCGUUUUUAUGUUCUUAAACUCUAAUCAAUGAGACUUUAAGUU